UCUGAUGGAAGGGCAUGCAGGAGUUGGAAAUGGGGACUGGGAAGGUGUUCUUUCAGCUUGGAAGAACCGAUUGCCAAUGGGUAGAACACCCAAAGAUGGUUCGUUGGAAGCUCCUCACUCUUACGUAAGAUCUGACACUUCCAUUUGAUUUCUUUGUUGAUUUUAAUUUUAUUGAAAUCCAAGAACACCUAUACUGAUCAUGGCAUAAACCAUGCCUAGAUACCCGAAGAACGGUUUUCCUUUUAGUUGCUCGGUGAUUGGGUUUUUUGUUGGUUGUUAUGGUUUCCUCGCAUUUCCUUGCUCGGCGGUUGCUCUGGCUUCUGUGGUUCUUUUGGUUUUUAUUUGUUUAGAGUCCCUUCUUCUAGUAUGAUUUAGAGGUUACCAAAGGUCUUGAGCGACUGAUCCGGCCGAACAACUCAAAAGAUAAAGAAGUAUCGUUAAUUUCUUCAUGCUCGUUCCAAGUUUGAAGUACCAUUUGUACAAACAAGAACCCCUUUCGUUACAUGAUUUCUUCUUCAUAUAGAUAGAUAUAGAAUCUAUGAAGCAAUUACUUAGAAGUACAUUUUGUGCAAUGACCAUUCCUAUCUGAUAGAAAAGGAUCCCAUGAUCCUUUACCAGACCAGAUAAGCCAGUUGCAACUAGAAACUAGGAAUGUGGCAACAAAUGAUUGAAACCUUUGUAGUUGGCUAGUUAGAGAAGGAUAAACGUAGUUUGAUUCAUUAUUUUCCAACAAAAGUGUCAAAGUUGUUCAAACCCACAUUUGUGCAGCUUAAUUGCUUUGGCUUAUCAGCCUUUAAAAACAAAUAAUAGUGAAGUCAUUCUAAAGCUACAGAUUUCUCAAGAAAACAUCUCUUCCUAGACCCUCCAUCAUCCUUUAUAUAUAUUUAUAUGAUUGACUUUGAAGUAAAAAGAAGAGUAUCAUCCAUCAUAUCAUUGACCUCUGGAUUAAAAUAUUGGUGUGUAUAUGUUCAUGCUAAUCCAAAAUGUAGGUUUCAGAAAACACAGAUAGGGCUAGAAUGCAUGCAGGUCUGGCUCUGUACCCUAGCUAGCUACAAGAAGAUAGACAGAAAAUAAUAAUUAAACAAUUAUGGGGUUUUGCAAAUAAAUACCAGAGGGAGGGAGAAGGAGACAGAGAGGGUGCAGUGGCUCGAGAAUUGAGUCAUUCCAUAUCAUAAUGAUCGACGAUUGUAUUAUACAUAUUGUCCUGAUGAUACAUAAAGAGAGCAACUGAGCAAUCUGCAAUUUCUUUAUUAGCAGGAGAUGGACUCGGAUUCAGAUAUAUGGACCCAAAUAAUUACUUACUAGUUUUUUUGAAUUUGAUAAAUGAAUAGUAGGGUGACAGUGGCAGGAAGGUAGAUUCCAAAUGAGAGAGACAGUAAUUUUGGUAGCACGUAAAGGUGUGUAUUCUUCUUCCAACAUAUCUCAGAUCCAAGACGACAAUUCACAUAUAUGAUCUCAUUGGCAUGCAUAUGAUAUAUCAUAUAGAACAAAGAAUUUGAGCAAAAAAUAUAGAACAAAGUAAAAUCUAUACGUGAUAUGUUUGGACAAUGGAGGAGUAGAUGGGAUUGGAUCUCAAAUACAGAAAGAAUGGAAGAAGCUAGAGGUAAAAUCUAAAUGUUUUUGUUUUGUUGGUAAGUAUAAAAUCUAAAUGUUUUUGUUUUGUUGGCAAGUAUUGUGAUGUAUAUAUAUACAUAUACGUAUGGACAAAAUGGAAAAGGGUUAUACCGUUAUAGUAUAGGAGUAGGGUAAGAAUUUGAAAGGCAGUUUGGAUUUAGAACAAGUGUGAAAGGCACGAGACGUGAAGAAAACAAUAAAUGAGAGGAGGAGGAGGAGACGAGUAAAGAAGAGAGGGGUGUGAUGAGGCUUAUGAUAACCCUCAUGAUCGUCACGUCGUUUUUCAUUUGCGACUCCCAAAAAGCCUCCCAGAAUUCCACGCUUCCUUCCUCACCUCAUCUUCCACACACUGCUACUACUGUCUCUAGCGCUACCACCCUCCUCUCUUUCUCUCUCUACUUUUGUUUGUUUUGUUUUUCUUUUUCGAAUUAGCUUUGUCCCUUCUCCUCCAUAUGAGGUUGCCUAGUCAACCUCAUGUGUUGCAGCUUACUUUGUUCCGUAUUAAACCAGCACCACACUAGCUAACUCUUCUCUUCUUUCUCUCUAUAGUCAUAUAGAGUGAUCAAUCCCCAUCUCUGAAUGUCUGAGACUCAAAAAUACAUAGCUUCAAUUCACUGUUUCAGCUCAAUUACUACCUUUCAAUUUUCGGCACAAUACCCUCUCUCUUAUUCUCUCUUCUCCCUUCUCUAGCUAGCUAGACAGCAUCAAUAUAUACUAAAUAUAAACCAGGUCUACUCCCUAUGCAAGGUAGCUAGGCUUCACCCUAUUUUAAACACCACCUCUUCUUCUCCAUGUCCCAUUUCCCACACCAUUCCUAACUUGCAUGCUCUUCCUCCUCCUUUUCCCAUUUUCUUCACCAUUCUUCAGUCUUCAACCCAUCCUUUGAAAGCAUCACUUCACUUUAGUACUACUUACUUAUAUGUCCACCUAAAGACAUCCCUUCAUUCGAAGGCCAUUAUUAGCUUGGGAGUGAGUGAAAGAAAGAGAGAAGUAUAUAUAUAUAACUAACCCUAGCCAGCCUAGAUUGGUAUCAAAAAUGUGGAUGAUGGGUUACAACGAUGGUGGUGACUUCAACAUGAUUCCGGAUUCAGCCUUCAACGGUCGGAAGCUUCGGCCUCUCGUUCCUAGGCCUCUGUCAUCUCCUCAUAACAACAACAACAACAACAACAACACUUCAACAAGUCCACAUGCUCCACCUUGUUUCAGUCGAAUUCAUGCUGCGUCUGAUUUCUUAGCACAAUAUCAUCAGCUGGGUGAACAAAGAGGGAUGAGAGAGUUCAAUACGGUGCCGCAGGUUGUGGUGAGCUCGAGAUGGAACCCCACGCCGGAACAGUUGAGGGCACUAGAGGAGUUAUAUCGACGAGGGACUCGAACCCCAUCGGCUGAGCAGAUUCAGCAAAUCACUGCUCAGCUUAGAAGGUAUGGAAAGAUAGAGGGCAAGAACGUGUUCUAUUGGUUCCAAAACCACAAGGCAAGAGAGAGACAGAAACGCCGUCGCCAGAUGGAAUCUCACGACGACCUUCAACUCAUGUGUUCAGAUCACCAAAAGAAGGAAUCAUUAGGCGGGGCAAGUAGGACAGUGUAUGAAGUUGAAGAGACCAAGAAUUGGGCACCCUCUGCAAACUGCAUGACUACUAGUCUCCAAGAUCAGCUUCAUCAUCAACAGGAAACAGUAAAAGCAGGAGCAGAGAGCAGGACGGAAGGAUGGGUCCAAUUCGGUGAGGAAGAAUUGCAGCAACUUCAACAAGAGCAAAGAAGGAAUUCCAUGACUGUAGAAAAGAAUGCCAGGUGGCAGAUGAUGCAGUUGUCUUGUCCUCCUCCUCCUCCUCUUCAUGACCUCACCCACCUCAUAAACGCCCCCACUUGUACCAGAACGACAGUAAGAACAAUGGAGAUGGACCAAAAGCAGCUCAUUAAUAACCGUAAUAAUAAGACUAGUCCUCCUCAUGAUCUCAGCAUCUUUAUAGCUCCCUACAGGUCUGGCUCUGCCCUUAACGGUCGCCAUCUCCAACAAAACCAACACCGUAACGAAGAAGAAGAUAUUUCACGUGGAGAUCAGUCUCAAACCCUCCAGCUAUUUCCGCUCCGGAGUAGUACUUGCGGCGAAAAAGAUCAUCUUACAACUGAGAAAUCCUUGCUAAACCCUAGUUUCGGCACUGGCCCUAAUUACCAGUUUUUUGAGUUCCUCCCAUUGAAGAACUGAUUAACCGGCCACGUUAAUUAAUUUGGUACGCACUACUUUAAUUUCUAGCUAUUAAUAUAUGUAAGAUGUUGAUCAUGGAAAUUAAUUGGUAAGAUGGAAGUUAUGUUUUGUUAUUUCGUUGGAAAAUGGGGACUGGUUCUUUUCUUUCCAUUUAUUGAUGAUGCAUGUUGAUGUUGCAUUUCAUGGGAGGUGUG